AUGGCGACGUCUUUAAUGGAUCAAGAUUGUGGAUUAAGUUGCCAAAAAGAAGCUGAAUUCUCGUUCAAAUUUGUGAUAACUUCAUUAGGUCUAUGCGACAAAGACAAAGCUCGUGGAUUUGAUGAAAUUCUUCUUGCAAUAACUAUUGAUGGGACUGUUUUAAAAUUUGAAAAUUUCGAACAAGAUGAUGCUGGAGAGUUCCAAUUUAUGGGACGAUCAUUAACAUUUCUAAUCAGCCCUGAUAGCUUUUCUAAAAAACUAAAGAAAUGUCCAAUCAUGUUAAAUUUGUCUCGUGGAUGUAUUGAACUCGGAACAGUGAAGCUAACUCUCAGUGACUGUUUCGUUGACGCUGUAAAAUGUGAAGAAUUUUCAACGGAAACCAAAACAGAUGAACUCACAUUUUUCAAUGAGGAAGGUGAACAAAGUGCAGUAAUGGGUUUAAUCAUUCAACUUUCACGUAAUGAUAGUGGCGGGGGGUUAGAAAAAUUGAAAAAGAAAAUGAUGAAAGAGUUUGGCAGAAUGAAAAAGAAUGCUGAGGAAGUUGCCAGCAUCUCAAGUUCUAACAAGGAAGAUGAAAGUCUCAUUAGUGCAUUAUGUGACUCCAAUCCCAGCAACUCAUGUGAUGAACGUUCAACAAAGUCUCUAAAUUUCAAUGAUCGCAAUGAUUGUUCAUUCUCUGAAAUGUCAUUGAACAAAACUGAAUGUUUAUCGUUGGAAAACAAAGAAUUUGAUUGUCAAACAUUUCCCAAAAACAUAUGCGAGUCAAAAGCUACCGUACGUGUUUGUUCACAAUGUUUUGAAGAUCUUCGCUGUCUUCCAGACAAUGCUUCAUGUCCUUAUUGUGCUUGUAACAAACAACUCCCCAAAAAAAUUGUUUCAUGUAAAAGCGACACGGAGAAGUUUUGUGAAAAUCAAAAAGUUAAGGAACACAUUAAAUCUAUAUUGCAAGACAUCUUUCUAGACACAAAGGAACGUUUAAUUGAAGACUGGAAAAGUUUGAAGAAGACAAAGAAGACAAGGAAGAACAAGAAGACUUGUGAGAAAGAAAAUUUAAGAUUCCCCAACAUCAUUAAAUGUAAACCAAAAACGAAAUGUGUUGGACUUCGUAAGAAACAUCCUGGUGUUGUACUUGGUCAUUUGCAAUGUGCUGGUGGUGGUGAUUUAGUGCCCAAAAACAUGGGUUGGUUGUGGAAUAUUCCGAUUGAAGGCUUGCCGAGAAUGAGACGUGGAUGGCAACCAGGAGCGGUUAAAAAAUCUGUAGCAAGAAUUAUGAAAACUCAUUUGAAUAAAGUGACUGAAAAAGAGAUUGAUGUGAGUGAAGAUGAAAAACUUCCACCAACUCUACAUGUUAAGAAGAAAAAUGGUGAAUUUUUGAUCAUCAUGAAUCCCGAAUCUGAACAAGAAAUCAAAUCUCCGAUCGUUUUCAAACUAACAAAAACAGAUGAAGCUCAACGACGUUCAACAGCACGGAAAAUUUUGAAGUCUCAAUGGACGUGUGGUGCAUGUUGCUCAGAACCUUGCGAUUGUCAGAUUGUAAAGAUGAAGAAGCUUUCCAAAGAAUUUUGCUUAGAUAGAGAACUCACGAUGGAUGAUUUAGAUGAUUCAAGUAGCAGUGAAAUUGAUUUUGAAUUCACUUCUCCCAACAGUUUGUAUAAAAAUAUUUGCAAGAAGCAAAAACCUAAAGUUUCAUACGCUGAAACGCAAUAUGAAUGCCAAGAACUCAAAGAAAAGGAGUCAAAAUGUGUUCAAAAGGAACCAGAAAAAUGCGAUGAUGAUGACAGACCGAAAGUGAUGAAGCGAAAACAAGUUGUGAUUUAUGAGAAGCCGAAGAUAUGUUGUACCCCAUGUGUCCCAAGACAAUGCCAUCAACAUUGUUCGCAUUCCCAUGACUAUCGUUCCACAACUAACUACAAUCCAAUAUACGCUCAAUGUCCACCACCACCACCACGACCAGUUUGUCAUGAUCAAUGGUUCGUUGCCAACAUGGCGAAUCCUUAUUUUUCCUAA